ACAUGGUGCGAAAUGCGUAUUCACGUCAACUAGCCUCACCUACAAAACUCUUGUACCAAGAGUAAACCGAGGUCAUGGCCUCAAAUACUCAAACUUUGCGCUUCAGGCGUAAACAGGACGACAAACCACCUGCCCCGCGCGUUGCACGUCAUACUGGCAUGCUGCAAGAUCAGCUUCGCAGGUCUGCUCGUAAACCAUGGAAUCCAGAUUUUUCAACAGCAGUGCGCAUUCUACUCCUCAUCCGAGUGGCAUCCGCCAUGUACUCAAAUAUACAAGAUUGUGAUGAGGUGUUCAAUUUUUGGGAGCCACUACACUACAUCGACCAAGGUCAUGGCUUCCAGACAUGGGAAGUUACCCCAGUGUAUGCCAUUCGAAGUUGGGCAUAUGUCUUGUUGCACCUCAUACCUGCGCGUCUCCCCGUAGCACUUAGCUUUGGAAAACGCCCUGCGUUCUUCGCAGUCCGCAUAACUUUAGCCAUUGUAUCCACGCUUUGCGAAGCGAAAUUUUGCCGCACUGUAGUCGAAAAAGUCAACGAACGCGUUGGCCGUUACUUGUUCUUUAUGUUGCUGUUCAGUGCAGGCAUGUGGAACGCGGCUCCAGCCUUCUUGCCAUCUUCUUUUGCGAUGUACGCAACCAUGAUGGCAUUUACGUAUUCGCUCGAGCCAUCGAGCCUCAAGAACAACCGGAGAACCUUGUUUGCAACAAUGCUUUUCGCCACAGGAGCUAUUGUUGGAUGGCCUUUUGCACUUGCUCUGUCACUGCCUUUUGUGUCCGAAGAAUUACUCGUUUUUGGUGGAGAUCAGCUGGAGCCGAGCGCCCGCAAAUCAUGGAUGAUUUCUCGCUGGAAACGCCUCUUCACCGCCGGUCUUGCAUCCGCUCUGAUAUUUGUCCCCGUCAUAGCAAUUGAUAGUGUUGCGUAUGGUCGGUGGAAUAUCGUACCUUGGAACAUUGUCCGCUACAAUAUCUUUGGCGGAUCCGACCGUGGUCCCGAUCUGUACGGCACAGCCCCUUGGUACUUCUACAUCCUCAACCUUCUCCUGAACUUUAAUGUCCUCGUGCCUCUCGCUUUUGUGUCCUUGCCUGGUCUCGCAGUUACCUACAGGAUCGACCGCAAGCGCCUCGGGAUGUUGAAACCUAGCCCACAGCAGAGCUCGCCUUUCACGCUGCUCGCACUUCGCCUAGCACCACUAUAUGUCUGGACGGCUAUCUUGACAGCGCAAGCACACAAGGAGGAACGUUUUAUGUUCCCUGCAUAUCCCCUCAUUUGUUUUAAUGCGGCCGUUGCCCUAUACCUCAUCCGCGGAUGGAUGGAAGCCACAUAUAUCUCCGCUACUAAGUCCACAUAUAGGGCUUCAAGAUCCGUCAUAUUUGGUGCUAUAACAUUCUCCGUCAUCGCCGUGACAGGGCUUAUUUCUCUGUCUCGCGCCCUUGCCUUGUGGCACUACUAUCACGCACCGCUUUCCACGUUCAACGACCUCGAGGCCUCUGAGCUUCCACGGCUGCUGAAUGUUACUGGGCUUCUCCCACCUCUUCUACCAGGGACGGACGAGAUCGACAGGCCUUCCAUUGACUUGGCACCAAUAAGGUCAUUUGAUCUGAGACUUUGUCUAGGGAAAGAGUGGUAUCGCUUCCCAGGACAUUACCUUGUUCCCAACGGUGUGAAAGUCGACUUCGUGAAGAGCGAGUUUGACGGUCUGCUUCCCGCGCAUUUUGAAGAGAGUCGCGCAAAAUUGAGGCUCAAUGGAUGGUGGGACAGGCCUGGUUCGAAGAUCACCCCAGCGAGCUUGAACGACCUCAAUAAGGAGGCACUGGAAUUCUACGUGCCCAUCGAGUCCUGCGACUACCUUGUAGACCUGGACUUUCCUAACCACCCUGUGUCAUCACCUCUAGAACCGCGAUACGCAAUCGACAACGAGACUUGGGAACGGGUGUCAUGUCUUCCAUUCCUCGACGCAUCGCAUUCGUCACUUUUGACACGCACACUCUGGCUCCCUGGUUCGUGGUGGCAGAACAAGAACGAGUUCGGAGAUUACUGCCUGCUGAAAAAUAGGGAAAAGGUGCACAAGAAAGAAGCCGAGGUAGCGGCGCGUGUGCAGGAGGAAAGUCUGUAGAUGUUGUGCGUGGUACGUGUGGAUAUUUAUAAUGAAUGCUGUCAGCCACCGUGAACGUCGAAUCUGAGUAUGCGGAGGCUGACGACCUAGAGAACAAAAUGACGACGGUACUGCUUAAGUCAUUCUAUCUUCAUCCCUGUUGGCCCA